GGAUAAAAUUAGCUGUAGAUGAUUAUCUUUUUGAUGGAGGUGUUUCCGUUUUCCUGCAUUCACUGAUUUAAUUGCAAAGGAUUAUUUGCAAAGGAAAGACACGCAGUCGACUUGUUGUUGUUGUAUUUUUAGUUGAAUUCUUUUAAACAGGUUAACAGAGUUCCUUAUUUACCUGUUGACGGGUAGAACUCUUCAAACAGUACUGAAACCAGUUUACAGGACACUGAAGCGAAUUUACUUUUUUCUUGCAAGAAUACACACAAAGCAGAUGAUGACGGAGGAAGAAGACAGUUUUCGAUAUCUAAGGGCAUUUCCACAGGUGUUUCCUGUGUUUAGAGUUCGUUCUCAAAGUGACACAUCUGGAUUCAAAUCCAGAAUAUUGACCAGACUCCGCUCAGCCUGUUCAGUGGAGGGACUGGAAAAAUCAUCUCUGGCCAACUGUGAUGUGGUGGUUGGAAGCUCGCAGUCUCCUCAGCUCAAAGGAAAGGGGAAACUCUCGACUCUGGGCAAGAUCUUUAAACCUUGGAAAUGGAGGAAGAAAAGGACCAGUGAUAAGUUCCAGGACCUCUCCAAAGUUUUGGAGAGGAAAAUAUCCACCAGACAAACUCGAGAAGAGCUCAUAAGGAAAGGUGUCCUUAUACCAGACCAAGAUGAUCCUUUGAGUACAGAGACCUUGAAUGGUCAUGCCGUGCCUAGAGGAGGUACUGAAAAGGUUAAAGUUGACAUUGAGGCACCAGACAAGGUCCCUGAAGAGAAGGCAGAGUUGGCAGCUGUUGCAGAAGAUCCAGAAGAGAGGACUGACAGCAAGCGCAGCCCACAGGCCAAAAAGUCAGAUGCUCCAAAAGCCCCCACUAAAAAACAGCAGGUCACUCCCCUAAAACUCUCCGCUGAUGCAACGGGCACAGGUGUGAAGAGAGGGGGCCAAGCAGGGGCUAAAAAGGUGACCAAGAGCACCAAUAAGCAGGUCUCCUCCACUCCUCCCAAGCAAACCACUCGAAGUACUACUCGUGGCAAUGUUAAAUCUUCCAAUCCUAAAAGAACUGCAGUCACAUCCAAGAAUUCAGGACAAUCAUCUUCAGUGACUUGCUCGAAGACCCCAAAGAACAACAAAGCAGAACUUACAGUAGCAGAAACAAAGUCUGCUAAGAAAACUGAGCCCUCCAGGUCACCGCGGCCACCUCCCAAACCCUUGUCUGAUACGGGCAGCUCUCCUGUGGAAAGCUCCUCUAAAAAGGACCAAAAGAAAAAAGUGGCCUCUAGUAUUAAUGAGAAGUCAGUUGAGAAGACGCCUCAGGAUGGGAAGGGUGCUAGUCAUCUUUUGGAAUCCUCUGUGGAGCUUGACAAAAGGAAGACACAUGUUAACAAGGCAACAGAGGAAACAGCCUUCACAGGAUCCUCAAAUGAACUUUGCUCAGAUACUUUAAAUGAACCUGUAAGCACAGAGAGUGAAGGAGAGAAUGAAAAGAUAACAGCAGACCAAACACAGAGGGUUGUUGGGACUGAAGAAGGAGAGAGAACACAAAUUGUCAGUGUGGAAAGCCCAGAGGUGACGAUCAUUCCUGACUCCUUUAGAGAAAACCAGGCCAAUGACUCUGAUUCAGAUGGGCCUAUCCUCUACAAGGAUGAUGAAGAGGAGGAGGAUGAUGAUGAGUAUACCUCUAGCUCCCUUGCAAGCAAAAUUCGCCGCAAAGAUACACUUGCCAUCAAACUUGGUAACAGGCCCAGCAAAAAGGAGCUAGAAGAGAAGAACAUUCUCCCCAGGACGUCAGAGACAGAGCGACAGGAACUAUGGCAACAGAUCGGCUGCAAACUAGUGAGACGGCUGAGUCAGAGGCCCACCACAGAAGAGCUAGAACAACGAAAUAUUCUGAAACAAAAAAAUGAAGAAGAAGAACAAGAGGCCAAGCAGGAGAUUAAAAGAAGACUCUCACGAAAGCUAAGCGUCCGGCCCACAGUCGCAGAGCUAGUGGCACGUAGAAUCUUGCGGUUCCAUGAAUAUGUGGAGGUUACAGAAGCUAAAGACUAUGAUCGGCGUGCUGACAAGCCCUGGACCAGGUUAACCCCUGCAGACAAAGCUGCUAUACGUAAAGAACUCAAUGAAUUUAAAAGCAAAGAGAUGGAAGUCCAUGAAGAGAGCAGACAGUUUACCAGGUUUCAUCGGCCCUGAGGCGAUGCCUGGUGGUGGGGGUGCUGGAAGGCCGCUAACUCGAGGGUCUCUCUUCCUGUCUCUACGCCAUGCUCCCUGCUGAGAGGCUAACAGACUGACUCCCUGCGGCAGCCGGCGAUUCUCUGGCACUUGCUGCGCUCCCAGCUGGCCGCCCUGUAUUUCAUUAUUGUGUUCAGCCACUGGGGGGGUUGAGCAUGGCUAAAGAUGUGCCUUGAAUGCCACUGCAAGCUGAAAACAGAGAGAGAAAGAGAGGGACCUUCAAACAAGAUAAAGCAAUGCAGUGGUUCCAACCAGUUUUUUCAUAUCUGUUAUUUUAUUUUUUACACACACUAAGGACAAGUGUCCUUGAUAUUCUUUCAAGGUAAAACUUAAGCACAUGCAGUGGUUCAUUCCUGCAUUGUUGCUGCGUGCAAACACAGCAGCUUUGACUUCUCCUUUUUUUUUUUUUUUUAUAUACUACAUUUUUCUUGCAGUAUUCCAGUGCAGAGUCCAGUAAUACCGUAUCUAUGAAUAUCCAUGCAUGUGAGAAACAUUUUAUAAGACAUAUGUACAUGGUUCUUGCCAUCGGUGUACAUUAAAUGGAUAUUGAGGUCCAUUUGGACAUCACAAGGUCCAGGAUUAUUACUGCCAUUAUUCAUCUGUAUCCAGAUUAAUAACGUCCUCAAUAUAUUAUAAUGUAAUCAGAUUUAUGUUGUGCCUUGACAGUGUUUUUUGUUUAAAUGUCUGAUUACUUGAUAUACGUGGUUGUAUUGUAACAUAUCUGUAACUGCUGUUCAGGAAAAGACUAUAAUCAUGUUUGUCAUAAUCCAUGUUUAUUUACCUGUUAAAUAUCCUUUCUUGCAUUCCCCCUAAAUGUUAUUACAGUUUUCCCAAAGUUACAGCUAUUGUCUUACUGAUUUUGGAUUUUCUCAAAAACAAAUUAAUUGGAGAAUUUUAUUGUUCCUAGCCAUACGCAAGUGGUUGCAAGUAGGGUAAUUUAGUUCAACAAUAAUUUUACUCUCAAAAUUGGUAAGAGCUUCUCCUUAUUUAUGAAAAGGCAGAUUUUAGUACAUGAUGAAAUGUGUAAUUAUUGUAUUGCUCACAUUUUGGUGCUUGAUAUAAUUACCUGUUCUUGUGUCAGAGUUUUUCUAUUUUGUUUGUUUAUAUAGUUAGAAAUUAGGGAAACUGUUUUAAAUUAUUUCAAAUCAAUUGUACAGACUAUGUAUGAUAUAUGUAAAUACAUCCAGUAUAUUGCA